AUGGCCGAGCGGGUUCUUAUACGGAUCCGGAUACCGACCCGAAACCCGCCAUGGGCUCCACACCACGUCACGAUUCUCCGCUGCUCUCCUCUUCGUCCUGCAUUCCAUUCGCACAGCUGGUGGCGCCGUCCUCCGGAAACCCUAAAAAUGGCGGUGACCGGAUCGUCCAAUUCGAAGCGACCCACUUGCCCUUCCUGCACCCGGCCCAUCCUCCUCUGCCUCUGCGCCAAGCUGCGGUACCCGAGCUUCGAGAACAAGGUGAGCGUCACCAUUCUCCAGCACAGCUUAGAGACGAAGCACCCUAUUAAUUCCGCAAGAAUCGCCAAGAUAGGACUUAAAAAUGUCGAUGUGCUCACUGUUUACGACGUCCAAUUCGACGCCCGGUUCGUCAUCUCGAUCCCGGGCUCGGGUCUGUCUAUGAGUAUUGGGAAGGGCGGGAAGUUCAUGGAUUGUCAAUGGAUGGGGGAGAAAGUAACGAGCUUCCAUGAGAUUGUGGCUUCACCAGCCGCUGAAGUUGCAAUGAGAGAAGGGUUUAUGGUUAGGAAGUUUAACAAGCGGAAGAAGCUCUGUGGCAGCGAGGGGAAUGUGGAAGAGUACCUAGAGUUCGAACUGAAGGUUCCUGCAGGGUCGGUGCUUCUGUAUCCGAGUGAUGAAUCGGUGGUGAGCGUGGAUGAGCUGAGAGGUGGGAUGAACAAUUUUGAAGUGAAGAAUCUGAUUGUUUUGGAUGGGACAUGGUCCAAGGCCAAGAAAGUGUACAAAGAGAACCCAUGGCUGAAGCUUCUGCCGCAUCUGAAGUUGGAUUUGGGGAAGUCGAGCUUGUUUUCUGAUGUCAGGCGACAGCCUAAGGCUGGGUGUCUGUCGACCAUUGAGAGCAUCGUUUAUGCACUGAAAGCGGCAGGGGAGGAGCCUGAAGAGCGAUUGGAUGGGCUGUUGGAGGUUUUCAGUUCAAUGGUUGCUGAGCAGAGGCGAUUCAAAGCUGAGAAACUGGGUAGAGCCUCCUCACCCUUGUCUGCCGAAACUUCGGUAGUUGAUUCUUGA